AUGGCUCUUCCCCCGAGUCCCCUGGCUAUGGAAUAUGUUAAUGACUUUGAUUUGAUGAAGUUUGAAAUAAAACGGGAACCCUCCGAGGGCCGACCUGGACUCCCCACAGCCUCCCUGGGCUCCACACCUUACAGCUCAGUGCCCCCCUCACCCACCUUCAGUGAGCCAGGCAUGGUGGGCAGCAGCGAGGGCCCCAGGCCAGGCCUGGAGGAGCUGUAUUGGUUGGCCACCCUGCAGCAGCAGCUAGGGGCCGAUGAGGUUCUGGGGCUAAGUCCUGACGAGGCUGUGGAGCUGCUACAGAAUCAGGGCCCAGUCCCUGUAGAAGGGGCCCGUGGCUACUAUUCAGGGAGCCCAGGAGAGACAGGAACCCAGCACGCCCAGCUGCCGGAGAGAUUUUCGGACGCGGCGUUGGUCUCGAUGUCUGUGCGCGAGCUGAACCGGCAACUGCGGGGCUGCGGGCGCGACGAGGCUCUGCGGCUGAAGCAGAGGCGCCGCACGCUCAAGAACCGCGGCUACGCGCAGGCCUGUCGCUCCAAGCGGCUGCAGCAGCGGCGCGGGCUGGAGGCCGAGCGCGCCCGCUUGGCCGCCCAGCUGGACGCACUGCGGGCCGAGGUGGCCCGCCUGGCUCGUGAGCGCGACCUCUACAAGGCCCGCUGUGACCGGCUGUCCUCCAGCGGCCCCGGGUCCGACGACCAUGCGCACCUCUUCCUCUGA